ACACACACACACACACACACACACUCAGAAUCAUACACACUAUGUGUGUUGGAGGUUCUCGGAUUGUUGUCUCUAUUUCAACCCGGUCGGGCGAUUGAAGAAGCAUCAGACACUCACAGUUUUCCCAUUAAGCCAGGGAUGAUUCGCAAGCUUAUCGCCCCGCCCACCGGGAUUUCCCUAUGACGUCACAGCCCCGCCUCUCUCGAAGAAGACCGAAACCGGUGGUUCCCCUUUUCUUUUCAUGUGGAUUCGCGCCGAGACAGCGAUACACACACUCUCUCGUGCUCAGUGGAAAUGCGGCGUGGAUACCUAGAAUUCCUGUUUGCCGUCAGCUUAGUGCUGCUGUGUGUAAACACAGAUGCCGAUGCUGCGGGGCACAAUUUGCAGGGGAUUGUGGGAGGAAGUGUCCGUAUACGCUGUGGGCUGGACCCAUUCAGCGGGUUUAACGGUCUUUACUUCCAGAAGAAAAGUAGUGAAGGACAAGAGAUUUUUAUCAACGGGUAUUACGACAGGCCACUGACUGUGCUUCCUGAGUACAUAAAUCGCACCUUCUUCAACAAAACUGACCUCAGCAUGGAGAUGACAAACCUCACACUUUCUGAUGAGGGAGAUUACCUCUGUAUCUUCAUUUGCAAUGGUGCAAAUUGCAAGGAAACCAAAUUUUAUCUUACAGUUACAGCCAACUACAGCGUCCCCGUCUUAGAGGUCCAGGGUUGCAGGAGCGGCCCGGGCGCCCACAACUGCGCGAUUUCCUGCUCGUCAUCAGGGGGACAUCCUCCCAGCAGUGUAACCUGGGGUGUGAUCGGGAACAAGACCAGCAGCCCGAUAACAGACAAAGAAGAAUCCGUAAUUAUACAGGACGUAAACUCGAGCCUUUGGAACGUGUCUCAGACUGUAAGGCUUAACUGCAGCCACCCGCUUAACAUCACCUGCUCAGUUGGGGGAGUUGUGUCACAUGCUGUCAGUGUGUGUCAAGAUCCUGAUACCCAAGAUAAGCAUGUGGUUGUUGUGUGUGCUGUGGCGGUGCUGCUUCUCAUUCUGACCAUCAUCAUAAUUUUUGUCAUCAUGAGCAGAAGAAUACAGAUUCCAGCAGAGACGCCACCCUCAACAGAUGUUGAGCUUCAGAAUUUAAACUCACGUCAGGCUGGAUGAGCACAGCGAAUCACACGCUAUCUGAACACUUGAACUGAAGAUCCAUGUGUGUGUUUGUGUGUGUGUGCGUGGGUGUGUGUCUGUCUGGUGGACAGAUAAAGGAGAAGACGGACUAUCAGAGAGAUCAUACACACUCAUCGGUUAACGGACAGACAGAAGCGCAGGAGUCAAACUGUGGCUACGGUGUCUGAUCUGCUGGGAGAGACGGCUGCUGCAUAAUAACAUACAGUGGUGGCCAAAAGUAUUAAGACAACAUCUGCCUCCAUUAUAGACCCUGAAAAUGUAAAUACGUUUUUCGAUUCAUAGGCUAUCUGGACAAACUGGAUAACUAGAUUUGAUAAAAAUAUUCAACCAGUCGAAGAACCGUCUCCGUGAGUUGAGGCAGUUGUCCUCCGCCCCGGGACCGAAACCCUGCCGAAGGAGCUUGAAGCCACACAGAGGAAGGAACAACCCCGUGUUCGCACUCCCAACGUUAGAGAUCCGCUCCCGGUGUAAAUCUGUUCUCCUUGUGCACACAACAGGUUUUUGUCACUUAUUAGUCCUCUCCUAUUUGGCUGAAGGGAAUUCUCAAGUCAGCCGCGAACCUCCGCGGGAAAUCUCUGCUCAGAAAGCAACCAAGCAGACAUGGAUUGUACGAGACAUUUAUUUUUUAAACCCCAGGUCCAGCCGGAUCCGGCAGGUUUUGGAAGAAUUAAGGACUUCAUACUAAAUACUGACUGCUGUAGAACACAUUAUUUUUAUUAACUUAACAUUUGUUAUUUUAUCGAUUUGAGAAUAUCAUUAAAAUAUUGAAUUUUA